GGUUCUUUUCCCAGUGUGCAAGAUUUCGGGAAAGACCAUCAUCAUUAGUGUUAUUUUCUUGUCCAGAAACGCCAUUGACAAGCUCCCCAUUUGUGCUCUUGACACUCCUCAAGACUUUAUUCAUUCAACGGCUGCCUACUUGUCUCGGGGCUUUGCGACAUUAUCAAAACGCUCUUCAGUUUAAAAGUGCACACUCUGGGCCUUGACAAAGUCUUAUUGCGAGUUCCUAUGCAUUCGGGAGCUUGUCUAGGUGAUGACCCCUCUUGACGUCGAUGAUUUCGGCUGGCUCUCCGAAGAUGUGCGCGAACUGGGACGGAGCCCAUCACCACUCGAUCUGGCUGAACUGGACGCCAAUGAGGACGAGCUCUUGCUGGAACGAGAAGCAUCCUCAUCGCCGACACCUUCGUGUCUACUGGCAGACGUACCUUCUUUGCUCAACGAAACGCCUCCCAAAAGGUUUAUGCUACGGAGACAGCAUUCACGAGGGGCUCUCGUAGGAAUAGGGUCACCUAAGCCUAACCCCUUUGUGGCAUCGGAAAAUGAUUCGCCAAUAUCUGUCUCCCCAGCAGCAGAACCAAAAGAGCAAUGCUCUAUGAACACAACCCACGAAUCCCAUAAGCCUCUCCAAUAUCACCUGGUUCUUCCCCCCCAAGUUAUACAAACGAUCGCCUCGUAUCUAAGCAUACACAAAAGCCGCUUGGCAUGCCUCUUGGUAUCAAAAACAUGGUCAAAAGCGGCCGCCAAAGCGAUUUAUCGAUGUCCAAGUGUGAAAACUGCAAAGCAGUUUCAUUCCCUAUUGCAAACCCUCCUCAGUCCCGGGAUUCACAACUAUGCGGCCUACGUUGUUGACCUUGAUAUUCCACUCUCUAUUUCAGAUGAACUCUUGAUGGGAGAUUUGGACGUGGCCCUUCAAUUGUGUCGGAAUCUCCGGGGCAUCCGUCUUGAGAACGCCUUGAACGCCUCUAACGUUCUCAUCCAGUCCCUAUCCGAUAACGUUAGACAUUUACGACGUGUUUACCUGCGGGGAUGCCCAAUCACAGAUGUCCUGGUGCCGGGCCUCACAAGAAGCUGUCCGCGCUUAGAACGCGUGGACUUCUCCUAUACACAGGCAACCGUUGUUAUAUUGCAAAACCUUAUAGAUGGAUGCGAACGCAUCCAAGCCAUAGAGUUGGAGGCAUGCGGACCGAGUUUGGGACCGGUUGUGGUGAACCCGCACAAAGCAUUACGUCGACCCUUACGGUACCUUAACCUUCGAAAUAGCGCGGUAGAAGAUCAUCAUGUGCGAUAUGCGGCGAUUCAUUGUCCGGUGCUUGAAUCGGUCGUUUUGGAUGGAUGUACGGCUGUGACAGACGAUGCUGUUGUGAAGCUGGCGCAGAGUUGCGGGUCAACUCUGCGAAGAUUGGAUGUAUCAUUUGUCCCAUCGGUGACUGACGUGGCAUUGCACGCACUCGCCAGGUACGCAAAAGUAAUGGAAGACCUGACGUUGGCCGGAUGUGACCGAAUCACACCCGAGGGCGUGCAGGUCGUCGCAAAGUCGUGCGACAAGUUGCAAACACUAGCGUUACAUGGAUGUGCUGGCAUCCUUGGGAGUUUUGUACAGCAGUUUGCGGUGACGGGGACAGAGUUGGAGUGCUCUCUUAAAUCAGCGGGUAUUAAGCAGUUGGCUGAGCACAAGCAGCAGCAGGACGUACUUUUGACGAGAGACGUUGGGAUGCGGACGGAUGAGGCUGGUGCGACAUUGUCGGAGGGUCCAUUGGUUGAACCACUGGCAAAGACGACAGCAGAUACCGCUACCGCUGUGGUAACAGUGGAUCAAACAACCCAAACUGAUGUCAAUCGUCCGGAGCUCCCGAUUGACAGCAAAGCCGUUCUGGACGCUGAAAAGCAACUGCACGAUAAUAUUGACUCUACGAGCGCAACGGAAAUUCUUUUAAAGUUUGCAGAUGCUAUCGCAUCUGGAAAAUGGGUCCCUCCUGGUGGAAAUACUCCAUCCAAUGGCACGGAUCCUGCCAGCGCUGGUUGGCCUAAUCCGUUCCCACCGGGCAUGCCGCCAUUUCCUUAUUGGGGUCCAUGGGCGUCCCAGAUGCAAGCUCCACCACAAUACCAUCCUGCUUGGGGAUAUCCUCCACCCGGAUGGGCCUCCCCGCCUCUCGGAUCGUUUCCUGAUCCAAAUCGGUCAACAGAGUCACCAACGCCCACACCAGCUGAUUGGCAGCUCCGUCGACAGUCUUCAACCGAGACGAUUAAUUCCGAGCUCUCCACGAAGCGCACCUCCAUCCUGUCAAACGAGAGCACUGUAUCCGGGGAGGGGCGGACCAAGGUGAAACCCACUAUACUUCCUGUCCUGAGGGAGCAAGAGGCGGGUAUGCCCACCCCUCCCGAUUCACCACCCUCGAAAGGCAAAGAACGGGAUAAGCGCCAGUCUACCGCCUCGACUGUGUCGAAUGUGUCUUCCACCGGAUCAACUGUAUCCAGGUUGAGACCGCCUUCAUCUUUGUCAAGGCUACCGGGACCGUCAUCCACUUCGAGGUUGAAGAUUCCGUCGGCGGUGACGAGGGGUGUGAAGGCUAUACCCAAGCCUACCCCUGCCCCGAGUGCGCCGACGCUGAUGCGGAGUAAGACAGCUGGGAGUUUGACGCCCACGACUAGACCUUCCGUUACCCGAACGAGUACUGGUUCAACGUUGAGCGCAGGGACGACACGAACGAGUGCUGGUUCAACCUUGAGCGCAGGGACAACACCUUUACGACGCAAGACAUCUUCAGUCCUUUCCCGAUCUGCCACGACCUCCAAAGUAUCCGCUUCCAUCUCCUCACCCGCUCCGAGCACUCCUCCUGCAACGACAACAUACAAACCCCGUCAGUUCCGUAAAUUCAACAGCUCACCAGAUGAAAUUCCCACCCUUUCUUCGCGUACCACCACACCAAAGCCCUCAACACCCACCCGCACUCCCACUCGCGCUUCAACUCAAUCCGACCGUGAACGAACCAAAACUCUUUUGCGGACUCCCGCGCAGACCUCCCGCUUGCGGUGGUCCCAUCAUUUGCAGCCCAGUCAAGAUGGGGAGGGAUGGAUUGCUGGCGGCACGGUGGUUGAGCCCAGUCCAGAGAAUGGAGAGGAGAAGACGGAAACAGAGAAAAUAACAAAGAGGGCGAGUGUGGGGAGUGGGUCGAGUACGCCGACCAAGACGGCGGGUAUGGGAACGAGUGGGAUUCGACCACCUUCAGGGCUUCGCAUGCCUACCCCGGUUAAGAAACCACCCUUGCUUAAAAAGAAGAGCUUUUCAAUGAUUUGAUGAGCGUAAACCGCAGGGUUUUUUUUUAUUCAAGUAAGAUGUUUUCUAGUGUGACUAGUUUUUUUAGGCAAGAAGAAUGUAAUGUUAGAAGUAAGCUCUUUUUUUUUGUAUUUUGCAUAGAGGUUUUUUGUUGUAUGUAGAGAUUUUGGGUGCUUUAUUAAUUGAAAGCCAAUGGAGCAAGACUUUUUUGUUUACAAGAUUGUAAACGUUGGACGAUGGAUUUAUUGGGUCAAGGUGUGGU